AUGAACACCCCGUUCUCACUGCCUCGUAUCAAUAUGGACUCGUUUCGUGUCAACCUUCGGCGAGGGCCGCCUGACAACGCUGCCGACGAUCUCGAGAGACAGCAGCCCGAAGUCAUCGAGACUCCUCGACAAGAGAUGGCCGAACGGACGCCGAACGGCUCAUUCCUCCCUCGAUUUGCUGGCUUCCGCCGUCCUACUAUACCCUCUUUCCUCAGCCGAUCGAGCACGGGCACGACGAACCGGCUCCAUCGACACUCGCAGCCGAUGCCCCGGCCGACCAGCAGCUACUACUCAGACGACGAGGUUGACUCGCCCAAGACCCCGCUGUUCAACCUAGACCUUGGCCUCUCGCUCACAAAGAACAUCAGCAACAGCGAGUUUUCGGUGCUGUUGAUUCUCAUCAUCCUCUUCACCACCAUCUUCUUCUGCCACGGCCUGAUCCGGCUGUGCAUCCUGAUCGUGCGGCCGCGACGGGACGAGGAGCGGAGGAACCAGCUGCCGCAAAUGUUUGGCCCAGGCGGGUAUGCGAUCCCGCGACAGCCUAUCCGGGUGACGCUGGCGCGAGACGAGGAGGCAGCCGGGCUCGAGAGCGAGGCCACCAAAUCCCAGCCGCCAGCCUAUGGACUCUGGCGCGAGAGCGUGAGGGUUGAUCCCAACCGCAUCUAUUGGCAGCGCAACGAGGACCUACCGGAGACCACCGAGGAGGAGGGCGAGUCCUCUUCAGACAGCGGCUCGGCUUCCACUCACCGGCCGCAGCAAGGCCCUCGGCCGCCCUCGUAUGCCUCCGACGACGGCGUCAGCUACGUCGUCGAGGCACAGCCGAGGUCCAUUGCGCCGACGACCGACGUCCCGCUUCCGGUGCAUCCCUCGGAGGCGGGACGGGUCGCCUACCCAGCGGGGCAUUAA